AUGGCGUUGUGCCUGCGUUUUCGUCCGAAAAAUACUUAUCGUGGACCAUUAUGUAUAAACGAGCUAGAUGAAGCAGAAACUAGAAUAAUAAAAAUCAUCCAAACUCAUAGCUUUUCGUGCGAAGUAAAGGAAUUGACACAUGGACGAGAGACGCAUGAAAAACAUUACCACACCGGUAUUCAAACGACGUUGUAUAUGAUUCGGCAGAAGUUUUGGCUGCUUGAUGGACGUAAUCAGGUACGCAAGAUCGUACGAUCAUGUAUACGUUGUUUUCUUUUUAAUGCGGAUACUGUCAAUUAUAAAAUGGGUGACUUGCCGAAAAAUCGAGUACGUGAUGCGUUUCCCUUCACGAAUACCGGAAUAGAUUUCUGUGGACCUUUUUACGUCAAAGAGAAAAAAUAUAGAAAUCGAAAUCAAAUUAAAGCGUAUGUAUGUGUCUUCAUAUGUAUGGUAGUAAAAGCUGUGCAUUUGGAAGUGGUGAGCGAUCUCACCACCGACGGAUUCUUAGCCGCCUUACGACGUUUUGUAUCAAGACGCGGCGUUCCAACACAUAUUCACUCCGAUAACGGAACCAACUUUGUCGGAGCCAACAAUAAGUUGAAGGAAUUAUACGGUCUCUUCAAUUCUGAUGAACAUAAAAAUAAAAUUAAUCAAUUUUCGUUGGAACACCGCGUCACGUGGCAUUUCAUAUGCCACUCCCAUUGCUCCACAUUUCGGUGGACUAUGGGAAUCCACAAAAUCGAAGGAAUAUUAAAUUCGCGACCUAUUUCCUCUUUGUCCUCAGAUCCUAAUGAUCUCUUAACCCUUACACCUGCGCAUUUCUUGAUCGGUAAAUCAUUGAAUAAUCUACCUGAGCUCGAUUUCUCAUCUGUCCCAGCAAACCGCCUAUCUGCCUGGCAACAUACCAGAAAGGUACGACAAGAUUUCUGGGCACGAUGGAGCUUAGAAUACCUCAAUGAGCUACAAAUCCGACAUAAAUGGAUCAAAGAUGGAGAAAACAUCACUAUUGGAAUGGUCGUGCUCGUCAAGGAUAAGGGCCUUCCUUGUCUGCAAUGGGCUCUGGGCAAGGUUCUAGAAAUUUAUCCCGGCGAAGACGGAAUCCCACGAACCGUCACCAUCGAAACUCGUACUGGAGUAGUGAAGCGUUCGUCCACUUCCGAUCGAUCGAUAGUAUUACAAUGA